AUGGAAAAUUAUUUUAAUGCAAAUGGUUCGGUUGUAGCGAAUGGAAAGACUAUUUCACACAUCAAGGGAGAUGUUUGUAUUAAUGACAGAUUGCCUAAGGAAUUGAUUAUCAGGGUUUUCUCCUACUUAGAUAUCACUACCUUAUGCAAGUGCUCUCAAGUCUGUAAAUUCUGGUAUGAAUGUGCUUUUGAUGGAAGCAACUGGAAAAGUAUUAAUUUGUUUGAUUUUCAGCGGUAUGUUCAGCCAAAGGUAGUCGAAAAAAUCGCUCAGAGGAGUCGUGGCUUUCUACGUAACUUGAGGUUGAAGGGUUGUCGAAAUGUAACUGAUGAAGCUAUACAGUGUUUCACUCAGCUCUGUCAUAUGAUUGAAAGUUUGGACUUAUCAGGAUGUCAGAAUUUAACUAAUGGGACCUGUGAUUGUUUGGGAAAGAACUGUUCUCUCUUGACAACCUUAUCUCUAGAAAGUUGCUCACGCAUUGAUGACACUGGACUAGAAAUGCUAAGCUGGUGCUCAAACCUAACUUGCUUGGAUGUGUCUUGGUGUAGUGUUGGAGAUCGUGGAUUGACUGCUAUUGCUCGAGGAUGCAAAGGUUUACAACGUUUUCGUGCCAUAGGCUGCCAGGAAAUAACCAGUCGUGGUGUGGAACAGUUAGCGCGUCACUGUCAUAGCCUCCUAUUAUUAAAUCUGAACUACUGUGGACAGGGAGUUACAGAUGAAGCUAUGGUUCAUCUUUCGAUUGGUUGUCCUGAUCUACGUGUACUAGCUAUAUCACACUGUUCAAUCACUGAUCAAGGUCUUCGUGCAAUAGCAGGUACACUUUCUCCAGCUGCAGCAGCAGCUAUUAUUGGACAGACUUCAUCUACCAAUCAACAGAAUGGUAUCCCGUUAAUUCUUUCUGUCCCUGCAGUAACAAGUAAUGGAAAUGUUGUUAACCAUCAAGAUUCAGCUGGAAAUGCUGAUGAUAAUCAAGUCGAUCAAAAUUCAACUGGAAACAAUAGAGAAAAUAGACGUCAAAAACCUAAUGAUUCUAAAACAAUGCCAAUUCCUGUUGGAUGUGUUAAUUUAACCACCCUGGAAGUUGCUCGAUGUUCAGCUGUUACAGAUAUUGGUCUAUCUGCCAUUGCUCGUGUAUGCAAUAAGCUUGAAAAAUUGGAUCUUGAAGAUUGUGCUUUAGUGACUGAUUCAACAUUGGCUCAAUUAGCUGUACAUUGUCCACGAUUGAAUACACUUGUAUUAUCACAUUGUGAUCAAGUGACUGAUGAAGGUAUUGCACGAUUAGCUGAAGGUCUUUGUGGUUCUGAUCAAUUGCAAACAUUAGCUAUGGAUAAUUGUCCUUUAUUGACAGAUGCUGCUUUAGAGCAUUUAGGCAGUAAUUGUCGAAAGCUUAGACAACUUGAUUUAUACGAUUGUCAAUUAAUAACAAAACAAGGAAUUAAUAGUUUAGAGCUACACUAUCCUCAACUUCAAAUCCAUGCUUAUUUCGCCCCUGGUACCCCGCCUACACUGACAUUUGCAAGACGACGUCGGUAUUGUCGGUGUUGUCGCAUAAUAUAA